UUAAGAAAAGAAUGAAUUGCGUCUGAAAAUCAAUUAACUUGUAAUUUUUGUUGAUAAUCCAAGCAAAAACUGACAAAAAACUCAAAUUUCAAUGCUAAAUGCAUUAAUAUAACUCUUUAUCUACUAGCUUUAUAAGUCAAAAGCUGGCAUCACUGGUCAGCUGAUCUUUGGAUCUUCAAGAUAACUAUUAAUUACAUUCCCAUUGUUAUAAAAAUUAUUUACAAAAUCUCUGACAAUUUAGAAAUUGGCCUGACUUGUUUUGUGAAAAGAGUAACAAGAAAAUAAGAUCCCCUAUUCGUUAUUUAAGUUUCCUACGAAAAUGAGCUCGAAACCUCCGGUUUAUUACAAUGCGGAUGCAGUGCGUCGAUUUCUUACCUGGCCGCUGGUCAAUAAUGCUGUGGAAACGGCACUCACGGCAGUAGUUAAGCAGCACCGCUGUCAGGAAUUAUCUGCACAGUCCUUUGCCAUCCAACCGAAAAGGAGUUUCACCGCCUGCGGUGAUCAUUCUGGAAAGGUUCUGCUCACCAUGCCUGCAUUUGUGGGAAACUAUAGGCUGGCAUCGCCGGACUUCUCUGGGGAACUGGCCAAUCACCGCUCCACACUGGCCUGCAAGCUGGUGACCUCGUUCAGGGAUAAUCCCGAGCGGAUUCCGCCGUUGCCCAGCAUCCAUGCCCAUGUCCUGCUGUUCGACAACCAAACCGGUCAACUAACUGCCAUAAUGGAGGGCACGGAUCUGACCACCUGGCGCACUGCAUCCGCUUCAGUGGUGGCCACCAAGCAGCUGUACUUCCGGCGAUUUGGAGUCCAGGCGGAGAUGGAAAUGCCCAUCAAUGUGGCCAUCGUGGGUUGUGGCGUACAAGGGCAGAUCCACGCCGCCGCCUUUUGUGCGAACUUUCGGGUGAGGAAACUCAAUCUGUACAAUCGAACGGAGGCAAAAGCCCAGGAAUUGUCGGAUCAACUGCAGCGCGAACUGGGAACCGAAAGCGGAACGCAAAUUCUGGUGUGCCGGAGUGCCAAUGAAGCUUGCCAGGAUGCCGACGUCAUCUGUAUUGCCACGUACUCCAAGGAACCGCUCAUUAACAUUAAAGAUCUGAAAAGCAAUCAAGGCGUUCACAUUAAUGCUGUUGGAGCUGGCGUUGUUCACUUUUCGGAGGUAUCUUCCGAUAUUUACCACCAGGCUAAGGUCUAUGUGGAUUGCUAUGCUAAUGCCGAGGCCGAAUUGAAAGGUUUUCCAGUCCCGAUCACUGCGGAACUGGGAGCCAUCCUCCUCGAGGGAAAUUAUCCCAAUAAAGCAGACAUCUCCGUCUUUCAAUCAAUGGGCAUGGCUUCGGAAGAUGCCUGUGUGGCCCAGGCGGUGCAUGAUGCCAUCCUCUCCAGCGCCGGUGACUCCUGAUGGCCAAACCAAACCACCAACUUUUAAACCUUUCAUGUGUAUAUAUUGUGUAUAUAAAAAAGCAAUUGGAAACAUAA